AUGUCAUCCGGAAUUGCAACGCCCACGGUAGGGACAGCCACGAAGGAGAAUGGAAUUCGCUCAACCGCCUUCUUUGACGAUCUUCGUUAUGAGGAGGAAAUCGAAUCACGCAGUGCAGUGCAUGGUACAUCUGUCCCUCAUAGGCUUACCCAUUACCUCAAGAAAGUCGAGAACCGGCUCGUCGAGUACAGUCUGGAAGCCCGUGGCAUAGAACGGGUGCAAGAGAGCGAACGAAUCCCGAAACUAUCCUGGGUCUCGUACUUGCAAGCUUUUCUGCUGUGGAUGUCCGUCAAUUUGGCAGCCAACAAUAUUACUCUUGGGAUGUUGGGCCCGGCCGUGUAUGGCCUUAGCUUCCUGGACUCGGCCCUCUGCGCAGUAUUUGGGGCUCUUUUGGGCUCCAUAUCUUCAUCUUGGAUGGCUACCUGGGGACCCAUAUCUGGUAUACGCACUAUGGCGUUCGGGCGUUAUACUAUGGGGUGGUGGCCUAGCAAACUUAUCGUGAUAUUGAAUCUCAUUCAGAUGAUUGGAUAUUGCUUGAUCAAUUGCGUCGUCUGUGGGCAGAUUCUCUCCGCGGUUUCCCCAAGCGGAAAUCUAUCAGUAGCAGUGGGUAUGGCACAUGGACAAUCUUGUUCUUUUCCCGCAGCGGCUGAUGAAAUAUCAGGAAUUGUGAUCAUUGCGGUUAUUAGUUGGAUCAUUGCGACGUUUGGCAUACGGGUCUUUCAUUACUAUGAACGUUUCGCCUUCUUACCUCAGGUUAUUGUCGUUUGCAUUCUGUUCGGAGUUUCGUCCUCAAAGUUCGACCUAUCCACGCCAUCUCAAGGAGACACCCGCACAGUGAUAGGGAACCGCAUCUCAUUCUUCUCGCUCUGCGUCAGCGCCGCAAUCACCUAUACCCCACUUGCAGCCGACUUCUUCGUCUACUACCCUGAGCGCACAUCGAGACUCAAACUAUUUUCCCUCUCCAUCCUUGGUCUGCUCAUCUCGUUCACCCUCGCCUUCCUCUGCGGUAUUGGUCUCGGAUCCAGCAUAAACAUUCAUCCUGAAUAUGCGGCGGCCUACAAUAACGGACAGGGCGCCCUCAUAGUCCAAGGCUUCAGCUCCCUGCACACAUUUGGCAACUUCUGCUCUGUCAUCGUCGCCCUCGGUCUCAUCGCCAAUACGAUUGCGCCAACCUACUCCGCAGGAGUCGACUUCCAAAUCCUAGGGCGAUAUGCUGAGAAAGUGCCUCGCGCGAUCUGGAAUACACUUGGUGUCGUGAUCUACACCGUUUGCGCCCUUGCAGGCCGGAGCCACCUUGCCGACAUCUUCACCAAUUUUCUCGCCCUGAUGGGCUACUUUGUCGCUAUUUGGCUCGCAAUCGUCCUCGAAGAAUGCUUCAUUUUCCGCCGCGGAGGGACUGGAAACGGCUAUGGAUACUAUAACUGGCUUGUCUGGGAUGACCCGUCCAAGCAUCCUGUCGGGAUCGCGGCGCUGAUUGCGUUCUUGGUCGGCUGGGCCGGUGCUAUUCUCUGCAUGGCGCAGGUCUGGUAUAUUGGGCCAUUGGCCGGCCUAGUCGGAGAGUAUGGUGCUGAUAUGGGAAACUACGUCGGAUUUUCCUGGGCUGCCGUUGUCUACCCGCCUCUUCGGUAUCUCGAGCGAAAGCGAUUCGGUCGAUAA